AUGGGUGGAAUUGGGUGUUUCUUGCCUCGAAAAUACUGGUCCCCCUUAGCGUUCAAAAUACUUGUGGCCUGCGAACUUCCUCUGUCCAUCGGGAUUUUAACGCUUACUGGUAUUGCGGCUCCUGACCUGUAUCGAACAAAGCUCUGGCAAGAUGGAGCAGAUAACGGCUUCAACAGCUCUCCGGACGAAAAAGUAUAUGCUCUUGCCAACUACAGACCGUACACCAUCCCCAGGCCAUGGAACCCCUUUACUACCAAUUUCAACCUCGUCAUCACUGUGCUCAGUUUAUUCUUCUUGCUCACGAAAACGCCCAUGUUUGUGAUGCACGUAUUCUACCCGCCGCUUUCGAUACUAGUUCACGGUAUUUGUGUCUUGCUCUAUUCAAUAGCUGCCGCCUUCCAAGCUGCAAGCGACACGACCGACCCCAAACAUCCGCAAAACGGACCCCCAUGGUACAUUACGAAGAACUGCAAUGUGGCAUCGCUUCAUACAAACGUCAAUUACUGUAAACAAGCUAAAGCGACAUUUGCCGUCAUGAUUGUCAUGAUAUUCAUUUUCACCUGCCAACUUAUCUUGGCCGCAGUUUCCUGCUUCCCAACCGAAGAAGACCGCGAAAAGAAGAGAAUAAAGGAAGAACGAAAGUCGACUCUGGCAGAACUCAAAUCGAUGAAAUCACCACUCAAUCCAGAUGGGAAGAUGACAUUCCCGCUCACAACACCACGAACCACCGCUUUUAAUAAACUUGAGGGGAACUCGGACCUGCCCCUGCGCGACCGGUCCAAUAGCUAUUCAACGAUGCCACAUGAGGAAGAGACCCAUGGAAUGUUUAAGCAACCGGAGCAACCUGAAGCGCAGAUGUACUUCCCACCACCACCACAAGCGGCGGCAAAGGGCAAAGCAUAG